AUGAUGAGCAAGCCUGCCGGUUCAACAAGUGGCUGCUUGGAUAUUUUAAAUGUCAAAUCCAGUCGAAUUCUGGACAUUCCGUGUAAGGUGUGUGGUGACAGGAGUUCAGGGAAGCACUACGGUGUUUACGCAUGUGAUGGCUGUUCCGGAUUCUUCAAGAGAAGCAUACGGAGGAACAGAACGUAUGUCUGCAAAUCUGGCACUCAGGGUGGCUGUCCCGUGGACAAGACACACAGAAACCAGUGCCGCGCGUGCAGACUAAAGAAGUGUCUAGAAGUGAACAUGAACAAAGACGCCGUGCAGCACGAGAGGGGCCCGAGGACCUCGACCAUUAGGAAGCAGGUGGCCUUGUAUUUUAGGGGGCACAAAGAGGUGAACGGAACAUCAACCCACUUCCCAGCUACUUCCAUCCCGGGCCCGCCGUUCUUCACGACUGUCUCCCAGCUAGAGCCGCACAACUUGGAGAUAAGCACGGUUACUAGCACGCCUGAACGGCAAGCCAUCGUGGGACUCGCACAGCCCACUCCAAAGUACCCUCAUGAGGUGAGUGGCACACCUAUGUAUCUAUACGAGGUCGCCACCGAGUCAGUGUGUGAAUCAGCCGCGCGCCUGCUCUUCAUGAGCAUCAAAUGGGCCAAGAGUGUUCCUGCGUUCUCUACUCUCCCUUUACCUGACCAGUUGAUCCUAUUAGAGGACGCAUGGAGAGAACUGUUCGUUCUAGGCAUAGCACAGUGGGCCAUUCCAGUGGAUUCAAACACUCUUUUGGCUGUCUCAGGUAUGAACUCAGAGAAUACAGAGUCGCAGCGGUUGAAUAAGAUUAUUUCGGAGAUCCAGGCACUGCAAGAGGUGGUGACGCGUUUCAGACAGCUGCGACUCGACGCAACGGAAUUUGCCUGUCUCAAAUGUAUCGUCACCUUUAAAGCAGUUCCAACGCAUAGCGGCUCAGAGUUGAGGAGUUUUCGCAACGCCAGCGCCAUUGCAGCUCUCCAAGACGAGGCGCAACUCACUCUCAACAGUUACAUCCACACGAGGUACCCCACUCAGCCGUGCCGCUUUGGGAAGCUGUUGCUGCUUUUGCCUGCUCUGCGCUCGGUCAGUCCAUCCACCAUCGAGGACGUGUUUUUCAAAAAGACCAUCGGAAACGUGCCAAUCACGAGGCUUCUUUCUGACAUGUACAAAUCUAGCGAUAUAUGA